AUGUCCGACUGUCCAGUCUGCGCCCGCGCGGCCCGCAUGGCUAAUAGGCACCGCAAAGCUCGCCACAUUGCUCGCGUUGUUGCACCAUUCCUGAAGCGGUUGGAACCAGGCCUCCCAGGAGGCACGAUGUCGGUGGCCGAGAUCGAAGAAGCCUGUAGAGCCUUCCCCGGCGAUGGCGAGUGGAAGCUCGCAAGCGACCUAACCGCCUGGGACACCACCGACGCCAACGCCGACGCCGGCACCGCUCCUCCUCCUCCUCCUCCUCCCACCACGCCAACUCGCAAGAGGCGCCGCAGUCUUCGGGGCAGCAAGAUCAAUGUCUUUCAAGACUUUGGAGAACAAGAACACGAUACCAUCUAUGGACGUGACAACGGCUAA